AUCCGCGACCCGAGCUGGGAUUUGGGUCUCGGGACAGGGGCUGAAACCGUUUCUAGCUGCGCUCAGCGGGGUCUUCGGGGAAGAUGGCGGACGUGUCCGGCAGCAACGGUGACACGGCGGGGCCCGUGGGGAAGGAGGCGGUGGAUCGAAUGAUCCAAGAGAACAACCACCUAUUCACAGAUGUCCAGUGUAAAGUGUGCAAUGCAGUACUCAUUUCCGAGUCCCAGAAACUCGCCCAUUACCAGAGCAAGAAACAUGCAAACAAAGUGAGGAGAUACACAUCCAUUCACAAAGAGGAGGAGUUUAAUGAUGGGAAAAAAUUGAAGCUAGAUUCAAAACAGGAGAGCAGCCGUGGCGAUGACAGGGAUCGGUGCUGUGCCAUCUGCAACAUGACCUUUUCUUCCCCCAUCGUGGCCCAGUCUCACUACCUGGGGAAGACCCAUGCCAAGAACAUGAAGUUGAAGCAGAGUAACUCCCAGGUGGAAGUUCCAGCAAAACUGCACAUAAAUGCUAUAACCCCUAGUCUCAGUGAAGACAGUGGUGACACAUCUGAUCCGGACAAGUUCUGCAACCUCUGCCAUGCCACUUUCAACAAUCCCUCCAUGGCCAAGCAGCACUAUGUUGGCAAGAAGCACAGAAAACAAGAGACCAAAGUCAAGCUGAUGGCUCAUUAUGGCAAGAGCAAGGAUUCCCCCAUUACAACUUCAGAAGCUGGGUGGGGCUACCCCUGCAACACGUGCAAAAUCAUACUGAAUUCCAUAGAACAGUACCAGGCGCACAUCAGUGGCUUCAAGCACAGGAACCAUAUACCAGGAGCUGUGCCGAUCCUAGGACGCUUUCCAAAGCAGCAGUAUGUUCGAGAAGAAACAGUGUCCUCAGGAGACUACAGUUACUUUAGCCAAGACUCCUAGAGCCAGUGGCAAUACUGUUCUCUUCAAGUUGGUGUCAGCCAAGAACAAGCAGCUAGUGCCAACUCUCAACGGCUCUGUUAUCUGGUCAGAGACUGUCCUGCACCUCCCUCUCCUAGUGACUGAGCAGGACAAAAGCAGAAAUGACUUAGUUUGGAAAGGAUCUGAUGUAGCAAGUUUUGCUCCAUCUUGUAUGAUCCAUUAGGAAGCUCCUUUGGCAUAGUCUGUUAAUUGACAUCUUGUUCUGUGUGUUUCUCAAACAUACAGGUGGUGUCCCUCCUUUAUAUGUUACUUCUUGCCACUCCUCUGCCUCUAAGCUGUGUCCCUGCCCUCUACAAACAGUGCAGAACUCUGGGGUUUCAAGAACAGCACCUUGACUAGUUUCUCUUAGAUCAGGAGUAAUAACGUAGAGCUGGAUGUUUGCAACAUUGUUCUUCCCAACUCCCACUUGAACUUGUGUGUCUAGGCGUGUCUUACUUUAUCUCCCUGUAUUUGAAGAGACACAUCCUUGGGUUUUUCCUAGUGCCUUGACCACCUACUAGGGAAACCAUGGAAUGUGAAUGCCAAUGGCAGGGGUAGAGAACAAAAAACUUACUAGCAAGGUAUUGGCCAGCUGUGUGUAUUUAUCCCUCAAAAGAAAGACACCUUAGACCAAGUUAUUCCCAGUUGUUCAAGAGGGUCUCCCUUUUAAAUCUAAUUGAUCUAUUGAGAUGUUUUCUGUCUUGGUUGGGAGCCUCAGCUAUUCACUCUUCACAAUAUCUACAAGGGAGGCCAUGCUGCUCUGGGCAUACUCAGUGGUCAGAUGAGUAUGGGCAGCACAAGGUUCUUUCCCCUCACAGUUAUUGCUGCUCCCAGUCCCAUGCCAUCACUGGACAGCUACUCUGAGGGUACAGGUUAAAGGAGGUCACUUGGUAGCAGCUCUGCUUGCUGCUUGCCCGAGGUCUGCUGCCCAACUACUUUAUAGAUAUAAACCACAUUAAAGUCACAUGACCCUUCAGACCUCCUCCUUCCCUUGGUUCUGCAGUCGCUUGGCAGAUGAGAAUUCACUGAUCAAUGGAAUCUGUGGAAUGAAUAGGAAGGGUUCUUUCCAGGAGUAGGCCCCUAGCUAUUAGGGGACUGACUGGUGUUACAGUUUUUUAAUCCAUAGAUCUUUCAGGCUAGAGAGAGUGAUUUUCAAAUAAUCAAGAAGAAACAAGAGGGAGGGGAAAGAAGUUGACCUGGACUAUACCAUGCAAACAAGUAAGCAAGGGGUCCCUUCCCUUCCCAGAAACAGAGGGACUACUUCAUCACAGAACCCGAAUCAGAAGGUGCCUUGGAGGCCUUCUGGUCCACUCCAUACUGAACAAAAGUACACUGUACAGAAUCCCUGACAAGUGGCCAGCCAGCCUUUGCUUGAAGAUCUCUGAUGGAGAAGAACCCACUGCUGCCUGGGGCAGCCCAUUCUACUGGACAAUUCUGAUGGUUGGAAAAUGUUCCUUAUAUAAGGCUGAAAGCAGCCUUUUUGCGGCUCCCACCCAUUGUUUCUAGUUCUCCCCUACCCCAUUACAGCCCUUCACAUAUUGAAGGCAGGCACUUUGUCCCCCCAAGUUUUGUCUUCUCCAGGCAGAAGCAUACCCAGUUCCUUCACCUGAUUGUCAUAUGACAUCAUCUUGAGGUCCUUCUGGUCUCCCUCUUCUGACUUCUCCAGUUUAGCAAUAUCCUUCACAAACUAUGACUCCUAGAAUUGGGCAGUGCUCCAGGUAUGAUGUGACUAUGGCAGAUGAAAGAUAAACUUUCACUUCCCUAGUGUCCCAAACACUCUGCCUCUCAGCGUAGCCCUAAGAUUGCUUUUUGGCUGUCUUUUCUCAGUGUUGACUCAUAUUGAGUUUAAAGUCCACUCAAACUGACGAAACUUCUUCAGAUGAACUGUCUAGCUGUAUCUUCCUUAUCUUGACUUUUUUUCCCCUGAUUGCAUUUUUUUAAUCUAAAUGUAAAGUCUUACAUUUAUCCCUGUAAAAAUUCAGCUUGCUCCAUUCAUCCCAGUGUUUUGGACUUGUGAGAUAUUUUGAAUCCUGAUUGUAAUCCAAUCUGUUAGCUAUCCCUCCUAGUUUCGUUUUGUCUGCAAAUUUGAUAAACAUGCCAUCUUUCACCUUUGUUAAGUCAUUGAUAAAAAUGUUGAACUGGCCUUAUGCCAGUAACCUCUCUGGGGCAUUCUGUUAAUGGCCUUCUUCAAAUAAUGACCUAAUCAUUAAUGAUCACUCUUUCAGUUUGGCCAUUCAUCCAGUGCCAAAUCCAUUAAUUGCUAAAAUCUUGGUAAAUUAAAUCCAUAGCAUCUCCCUGAUCUAUUGAUCUAUUAAAUCUGUCCAAAAAAAAAAAGGAAGUGAGGUUGAUCAGAUAUGACCUGUUCUUCAUGAAGUCAUCCUGGCUCUUUGGUGAUUACUGCUUCCUUUUCUCUACAAUCCUUAACCACUUCUUUAAUAUUAUGCAGAAUUUUGACAGAAAUUGAAGUUAUACUUAUUGGUCUACAGUUUGCCAAGUCGGUAAUAUUCCAUUUUUUAAAAUGCAGGCAUUUGCCUUUUCCUAGUCCUGUUGCACUUAUCCCAUUCAUCUUGAUCUUUCAAAGAUUCACAACAGUGAUUCAGCAGUCAAAUCUCCCAGGUCUCUGGGAUAUAGGUUAUCUGGGCCUGGUGACUUAAAGGGCAGGUAGGUAUUCUGCUAAACUUGGAUCUUAAUAUCCUGUUAGCCAUUUUUGUUGAGUCCUUUCCAAUCCAAAGAUCAUUGACCUUGGUGGACAAAGCAGAAAGUCAGGCAGCCUUUCUUUCUCGUCUCAUCAAUUAUGAUUGGUCUGUCUACUUUGAGCAGCAAUGCCAUCUUGUCUUUAAUAAUCCUUUUGCUCAUCACAGCAUUUUAAUAAUUUGGGGGGGGGUGUUAAUUUUUUAGCUUUUCCUACCAGUCUUAGCUUAUUCUGAGCUUGGAUGUUCCUGACAUUUCUUACAGGCCCAUGCCAUGCUUCAUAUUUAUUACCUUCCAUCACCUGCCUUUGCUCCCAUCUUCUAUACUCAUCUUUUUUUUUCCCCCUUGGUGAGGCAGUUGGGGUUAAGUGACUUGCCCAGGGUCACACAGCUAGUAAGUGUCAAGUGUCUGAGGCCAGAUUUGAACUCAGGUGCUCCUGA